UGCUGUUAUCUGACAGCAGGCUGGUGCCCGGGCAGAGGCUCUCUCCGCCGGAUAGCUGCAUCGCCUGAACACCCCCCCCUGCUCUUCUGUUCGCAAAGCGGAAAGGACUGAAUCCCUGCAUCUCUUCUGGGCUCUGAAGCCGGGCCGUGGCCUCCGGACCCCCAUCGUGUCUGAGAGAGAAAUCCACACAGCAGCAGGUCUCCAUGGCCCAGAUGCCGCUCUCCACCGUGCCGAAGCCCUCGAUCUCCAGAGUCCCCAGCAGCAUGGAGGGGAUCAACCACGAGCUGGAGAAGGUCUUCAUCCGGGAGAGCGGGGACAAAGAGGAGCUCAAGUCCCUGGAGGUCCCUGACGGGCGGCGCGCCCCCUUCCCCCCCCAGCAGCGCAGCAGCACGGACCCUCAGACCCCCGGACCCCCCCACGGGUCACAUGACAGGUCACAUGAUGGCAGCCCCUACUCCACCGAGGAGCUGCUGUACGACCGAGACAAAGACAGCGGCAGCAGUUCUCCUCUUCCUAAGUUCGCCUCCUCUCCCAAACCCAACAACAGCUACAUGUUCAAGAGAGAACCACCGGAGGGCUGCGAGAAGAUCAAGGCCUUCGAGGAGAGCAGCUCCUCCCGGCCCCCCCCCUCAGCAGCGACCCCCCUCUUCUCCUGCCCCGAUAAGAACAAAGUGAACUUCAUCUCCACGGGUUCUGCUUUCUGUCCGGUUCGACUCCCGUUCCCCCCCCCCGGCCCCCCAGGAGGAGGGGGCGGGGCUACAUGAGGAGGAGGGGGCGGGGCUACAGGGGGCCAAUCAGGUGUCAGAAGAGCUGGAGGAAACCCCCUCAGAGACUGAUGACCCCCCCACUGACAGCUGAGAAAGGCCUCUGAGACUUUACUGUCCCCCCCCCCCCUCUAUCUCUGCAUGACACCAACGAAGAAGAAGAGACACCAACGAAGAAGAAGAAGAAGAAACGCAGUGGUUCCCAACCGGGGGUUUCUUUAGGGGGACGUAGAAAGAUUAGGGAUUUAUUUCAUACACAAAAACAUUUAGACGUGAAUUUUUUUCUCUCUCUCUCUCUCUCUCUCUCUCUCUCUCCCUCCUGUUCACACACUUUCUCGCUCUCUCCCUUUC